AUGGAUAUUGAUGAAGUUAAAUCACGGGAUUACCCUCCAAGACUUUACCAUAAAGGGCUAGCUGGACGCGAAAGUAUAUGGUCUGGUAGGACCGUACACUAUCUACUAUGUAGACAGCUGCGAGUACAUAAGAAGGAGAUAUGGUGUCUCGUGGUUGAUGAGGCUAUCAGGUUUAGCUUGCUCGAGUUUGGUGAGAUCACUGGGCUAAACACAGGUCCAUUGCCAACAGAAAGGUUUGAACCUGAUCAAUACAAAGAGUUUUGGGAGGAGUUGAAGGUGCCGCUUGGGAUGGGACCCAAGUUAGAUGAACUGAAGGAAGCAUUAGCGUUCUGUCCGCUUUGGAAUUUUGAAAAGCAAGGAGGGUCAUACACAAUAAGCGGCAUGACCGUCGCGUUAUUGAUUUGGGCGUAUGAAUCUGUCGCCUGCUUCGGUGAGAAUUUUGGGAGAGUGGUGAAUAAUGAAGACGUUCCGCCUUUGCGAUGGGGUGGAAAGCGUACACGCGCAAGUUUUGAUAACUUGUUGGCUGCCAAAAUCAAAGAGCAUGGUGAUGUGCAUGUGAGAAGAAUGGUUUUGAAGGACUCAAUUGAAGAGAUGUUUCCUAAAUGGUCGGGUGAGCCUGACGACCCACAACUCGUUAGCUUGGGUAAUGCGCAGGGGAAGGGGAAAGAUAAGAAGAAGAAAAUGAAGGGUGGAGUUUCGUCAGAAGCUGAGCCACCCACUAAGAAGCAAAAGAAAGUUAAGACACAGAAUGAGUCUGAAGUUGCUGCAGCGGGAAAGGGUUCUAGCGAGAAGGAAGGUAGCAAAGAUUUGGAGUUGGAGAACAAAGCGACUCUGAGGACCAUUGUGAGUACUGUGGAUAAUAUUUCCAGGAAAUUUGAGCAGUUUGACUCACGGUUGGAAGCUUACGAGUUAGACCAGAACAUACUAUUGAUGGACCAAAAGACCAUUGAUGACUGCGUGAAAGCUUUACUGAAGGAGCGCCUAAAAGUUCUGGGAGUUGGGACAAUUCCCAAAAACAAUGAUAACCCCUCUCCACCAUCAGCAGAUAAAUCUUUAACGUUGGCAUCACCACAGGUUCAAACGCAGCAGAACUCUGUCAAUAGUCCAGCGUUAGCUGCGACUCCUUGUAAGGUUUUUGGACCGAAAAAUAAUUUGGCGAAGGAGCUUGAUAAGGAUCCAGGGGUGAAAAGGACUUUGGGUGAGGAGUUUGGUAGUGUCGCUAAAGCUACUGAUCUUGAUAGUCAACAUGUUGAUUUCGUAUUAGUUUCUCCUUCAAAGGCUACUAAGGAUGAUAAGGAUGCUAAGAUUCCAGCCUAUGGACGCGGCUGCAAGGGCAAGCGUAUUGUUACGGGUGAGGAAGCCGAUGAGAAGAAAAAAGCAGCGCAGGCAGAUGAUGCGUUUAAGAGGAAGGAGAAGGCUGAGGCUAAGAAAAAAGCGGCCGAGGCUAAGAAAAAAGAUGCUGAGGCUAAGAAGAAACAAAAGGCUGAGGGUAAGAAAAUAAAGGCUGAGUUAAAGAAGAAACAAGAGGCUGAGCUAAAGAAGCAAAAACAGGCUGAGUCAAAGAACAAAGAGGUGACUCCAUCUGGAGAGGACAUUGUAUUUGCUGAUGUGACUGACGAAGUUAUUGGGGGAGAGAAUGAAUUCGCGCCAGACUCUGACGUCGAGGGAUCUGAACUGGUUAGAUCUGCCAUAAUUAAGAAAUAUCGGGAGAAAAGUGUUCAGUUAACUCCAUAA